CUGCUGUCUCACAAAUGGCGACAGAGAGAGCAAUCUCAUUAUUUGAAACCCCAUUGCCUGUCAGUCUGAUAGUGUGAAGCAUCAAGCACAAUCAUCAAGAACUAUGAAUAUGAAUGAGAAGGAGGGUGGCUUGACUGAGAGAGGGCUAAAUGUCACCCUCACCAUCCGCUUGCUAAUGCAUGGAAAGGAAGCGGGUAGUAUCAUCGGAAAGAAAGGAGAGACUGUCAAGAAAAUGAGAGAGGAAAGUGGAGCUCGUAUUAAUAUAUCUGACAGCUCAAGUCCAGAGCGCAUCGUCACCAUUACCGGCCCUGCUGAAGUCAUUUUCAAAGCUUUUGCUAUGAUUGCUGAGAAGUUUGAGGAGGAUAUCCUGGCAUGCAUGGUGAACAGCCCAGCCGUAAGCAGGCCACCUGUCACGCUGCGCCUCGUCUUCCCUGCCAGUCAGUGUGGUUCACUUAUCGGCAAGGGAGGCUCCAAGAUCAAAGAGAUCAGAGAGACUACAGGUGCACAGGUGCAGGUAGCAGGAGACUUGCUCCCGGAGUCAACUGAGAGAGCAGUAACCAUCUCAGGUGCACCUCACACUAUCACGCAGUGUGUGAGACACAUCUGCACCGUCAUGAUGGAGUCACCACCUAAAGGAGCAACGAUUCCUUAUCGACCCAGACCCUCCUGUGCUGCCGGUCCUACAGUCUUAUCCCAGCCGCAUGCAGCUGCAGCCUUUGCUGUUCCAGGACAGUACGCCAUUUCUCAAGACUUCACCAAGCUUCACCAGUUGGCUAUGCAGCAUAUUCCCCUUACCUCCCUUGGGCAGAGCAACCCUGCCUUCCCUGGUCUGGAGGCCUCUGUUGUCACAAGCUCUCAUGAGCUAACCAUACCUAAUGAUCUCAUAGGCUGCAUUAUUGGCAGACAGGGCAUUAAGAUCAAUGAGAUUCGCCAGCUGUCUGGAGCCCAGAUCAAGAUAGCUGGGGCCACAGAUGGUUCGGCUGUACGCCACGUUACCAUCACUGGCUCUCCAGCUAGCAUCAGCCUGGCCCAGUACCUCAUCAGUGCCAGUUUAGAGAUGGCUAAACUCAGCAUCCAGGCCACCUCUGCUGGCAACUCCAGUGAACUCAGCCUGAGCUUCUCCCAGCCUGCCUCUCCUGCCUCAGCCUCCACCCCUUCUUCCAUGGCUGUGCUGUCUGCUACCCCCUCCACCAUUAAUGUCCACUCCACCGCAACUGUGCCCUCCAACCCUAGCGCCCACUAUGCCCUACCACUCUCUGGCCUGCUUGGCAUGAAAACCAUGCCACUGUUGGCCGUGCACACUGGUGCCACAGUGGGCCUCCCUCCCUACACGGCAAAGGUUCCCACCUCGUUCGCUGUAAAAAAAUCUGAACGCCAGAAGUUCGCCCCCUACUGACCAGAAUUAACAGCCUUUGAGC